CAUAGAAGUGAACUAAUUGAAUAUAUCUGAAUAUUGUAUCGUAAUGAUAUGUUUAUAAUUUUUAUAGUACAGAAAUGUACUAUAAAAGAAUAUUACAUAAAUUCACGCAAUAUAGUGGUCCAAUUUUUUUUCUAUCUAACCUAAACGUUAUAAAAUUCACAUGUAGAAAAAUGUCAUUAAAUAUAAAAUCUUUAGAAAAAUCUAAAUCUAUAUUAAAAAAUAUGUAUUUUGCUGGUGUUAAUGCAGUUUUACCAAAAACUCUUAUAAUAAAUAAAGUUAAAUUUAAAAAUGGAAUAUUAUAUGUUGGAGACCAAAGUUUUGAACUUAAAGAAAAUGUUUAUUUAGUUGGAUUUGGUAAAGCAGUCAUGGGUAUGGCAGUAGUUCUUGAACAUAUGCUUGGCAAUUAUUUGAAGGAUGGUAUUAUUAGUAUUCCUUCUGCAUCAACAGAGGCAUUGUGGGAAUCUGAAGAUAAAUCAUAUUUUCCUUUAUUAGAAAGUGGUGUAAUAAAAUAUUGUGAAGGUUCUACAAAUAAUCAACCAGAUGAGAGAUCUUUAGAAACAACACAUCAAAUUAUAGACUUAGUAGAAUCACUUACGGAAAAUGAUACUUUAAUUGUAUUAAUAUCUGGUGGUGGUUCUGCAUUACUUUAUAUGCCAAGACCAGUAAUUGAUUUUGAAGAUAAAUUAUAUAUAAGUAAAAUGCUUCAAAAUGCUGGAGCUGAUAUUAAAGAAGUUAAUAUAGUGAGAAGCAAAUUAUCUAUGGUAAAAGGUGGUGGUUUGGCUCGAAUGGCUUAUCCAGCUUCAAUUAUCAGCUUGAUAUUGUCUGAUAUUGUAGGAGAUCCUGUAGAAUCAAUUGCUAGUGGUCCUACAGUAUAUAGUCCUAAAAGACCAAAAGAAGUAAUAGCUGUAUUGAAGAAAUAUAAUAUAUUUGAACAUUUAGAAGGUGAUGUAAAAAAAAUUUUAAUGUCUACAGAAAGAUUUAAAGAUAAAGAAUUGUUAACUAAAAAAAAACAAUUCAAACAUGUAACUAAUAUCAUCUUAGGAAAUAAUACAGUGGCAGUUGAAGCAUCUUCUUUAGAAGCAUGCAAUUAUAAAUUAACUCCUAUAAUAUUAAGAUCUGAUGUUGUAGGUAAUGUACAUGAUGUCAGUUUAGCAUAUGCUCAUAUAACAAGUUUAAUAUGUCUUGCAUUAGAUAAAACAUUAGAAAAAGAAGAAUUUUUUGCAAAAGUAAAAGAUAUUCCUGUACUUUCUUUACCUGCUACUAAAGUAGAUGAAAUUUAUAAUUUAAUUGAUAAUGUGAGUGAAGAAGGAUUAGUAUUAAUUGGAGGAGGAGAGCCAACUGUAGUAGUUAAAGGAAAAGGAAAAGGUGGUAGAAAUCAAGAAUUAGCAUUAUAUUUUUCUCUAGAUUGGUUGACAAAAAUUAAAGCUUAUCCUCGAUUUUCGGAAUAUGAAGUAAUAAUGUUAAGUGCAGGAACAGAUGGUCAAGAUGGUCCAACAGAUGCAGCAGGUGCAUUUGGCUAUCCUGCUAUUGGACCAUUAAUCCAUGAUAUAUAUACAAAAGUAAAAUCUACAGCUUCAAAAAUGAUAGUUAAAGUAGAGGAAGACAAAGAAGCUCUAAGAAAAAAGAAAGAAGAAAAAGAACAAUUUGAUAUAAAGAAAUAUAAAGAAAUAUGCAAAACACAAGAAUUAAGUGGUUAUUUAAAAGCCAAAAAAAUAGAGACAAUAGAAAAUAAUGUUGAUUCUGACAAAAAUGAAACAAAUAUGGAUUAUGAGAAUAUUGUACUUCCAUUAAUAUUUCAAACAAUGGAAAUAGAACGUAUGUUACCUGAAAAUACUUUAGAAGAUAAUAAUUCCUAUAAUUUAUAUUCUCGGUUUAGGAAAGGUUUAGAUUUAUUUAAAACCGGCUUUACUGGUACUAAUGUUAUGGACUUACAUUUUAUUUAUAUAAAAAGACGCAAUUGUAAAUGUAAAUUAGAUAUUGAAAAAGAAAUAUUUGAUAAUACUUUAGAUGCACAUGACUUACAUAUUGAACCUUCAACUAUUGAAACAUAUAAAAAUUUAUAUAAACAAGAAUCUUUUGAAUGGAGAAAACUUAUAGAAAAACCAGAAAUUAUGAUCAAAAAGGAUGAACAACUUAAUAUAAAAAUUAUUGAUGAUAAUUUAAGAGAUCCAUGUUGUCGUAAAGAUAGAAAAUUUCCGCUUAAAAAUCUUUUAAAGGAUAAAGAUUUUCCAUCAUAAUAAA